AUGCAGGCAGGGAGCUCUGCUCCCUGUAAAACCUGGCUCAUCGGCUUCUUCUGCGCCGUCUGCAUCACGUGCCUGUUUGGUGUAGUCGCUCUCCCUCCACUUCGGGUCAUUCAGAUUCAGAGCCAGUCUGUCUAUCCGCCGCUGCGGCGAACGAUCCUCUGGAAUUUUACAUUGGCCCAGCCUGCUGAUGGGGCAGCAGCAGCAACAGAUGAGUUGCCUUCUGCACCAGAGAAGAUGGAACAACCAACGGAAAACGAAAACAUCACUGAAGAUGCUAGGAUAAUGCACCUGUACAAUUCAUGGAGCACUUUGCUCAACACUGACAAAGAUGGAGUCCUGAAAAGUUCAGACGGGGUCUUUAAAAGUUCAAACGUGCCACGGCCACCUCAUCUGGAAGACUGCAGGACUAAUGCAGAAAGAAAUGAACUAUUCGAUAGCUAUGGCGAUAACAGUACAUUCCCUCCAUGGACGUUAUGGAAAGGGUCACUUGGGCUUGAAUUCUUGAGCCACAAGUAUUCAGAACAUGCAGAUCAGCAUAGGCAGCAUCCUCCCUGGAUUGUAGGAUCUGAUGAGGAGAACUAUCCAUUGACCAGACAAGUGCAGAGAGAUAUAUGGACUCAUCAGCACCCUCGGAACUGCAGCGAUCCAAGCUUACGGUUUCUGGUUGCAGACUGGGAGAGGCUGCCUGGAUUUGGUAUUGGCGCGCAGAUCGCUGGAAUGUCAGGACUUUUUGCUAUUGCCAUGAAAGAGAAGCGGAUACUGGUUACAAACCACUACAACCGUGCUGAUCACAAGGGUUGCAAAGGUGCCUCAAGAUCUAGUUGGUCUUGCUACUUUUUUCCUGAGACAUCUCCGGACUGCCGCAACCGGGCUUUUGAGCUCAUGCAAAGCAAAGCCUCUUGGGCUGAUGGUACUGUAAAAGUGAAGGGAAACUAUACCUCCAAGGAAAUUUGGCUUGGACGCAUACCUAGGGUGUGGGGGAAACCUUGGAAAUAUUUGCAACCGACAACAGAGAUAAAUGGUAAAUUGAUUACAAAUCAUCGUAAAAUGGAUAGGAGAUGGUGGGUAGCACAGGCCACAAGGUAUCUAAUGAGGUUCCCGACAGAUUACAUGUGCGGAUUACUGAAUGUCGCUAGGCACUCUGCAUUUGGUUUGCAAGCAGCAAAGUUGGUUCUUCAGAGUAUUCAGGAUGACUCACCAAAGGUUGGCACUACUAGAACCAGAUCUGAUAUUGAACGUCUUGUGUGGUCAGACCACAAACCAUAUAUACCACGGCCUCUUCUCAGCAUGCAUGUAAGAAUGGGAGACAAAGCUUGUGAAAUGGCGGUGGUUGGCUUUGAGGAAUACAUGGAGUUGGCUGGCAACCUGCGCAAACAGUUUCCAGGUCUCAAGAACAUCUGGCUUUCUACUGAAAUGCAGGAAGUUGUUGACAAAACAAAACUUUACCCCCAUUGGAGUUUCUACUUCACAAGCGUGGCACGCCAAGGUAGCAAUAUGACCAUGGCAAUGUAUGAGGCCAGUUUGGGCCGUGAGACUAGCACAAACUACCCCCUUGUGAAUUUCAUGAUGGCCACCGAAGCGGAUUUCUUCAUUGGAGCACUGGGAUCAACCUGGUGCUACCUAAUUGAUGGAAUGAGAAACACUGGAGGGAAGGUAAUGUCCGGCUACCUAUCGGUGAACAAGGACCGGUUCUGGUCCAUAUCUUUUGAUCUGGUGUCCACUAAGAGCUAG